AGAUGAUAAGAGUGGUGAAACCAUGGUAAAGGAAGUUGUCACUUGUAAGCAAUCUGCAAGCAUUGUGCCAAAAAGUAAGCCAUGUGUACGAGAUUCAAAAGCUAUUCAGUGUACAGAAGAUGCAGAGAACUCUACUGCAAUGAUGCCUUACACCAGGACAAGAAAAGAGAGAAAGGAUACACUCAAUUCAAUUAAAAAUGGUAACAAAGAUGAAACUGUUGAGAUUGACAAGAAACCUGUUUUCUUAAAACCUUCCCAUACACAACCUUUUGACCAUGUAAUGAGUACUGAACAAGAUGAAGCAUUAGAUAGAUGUGAUCCAGGUGACACGCUGGAAUCACUAAACCAGGCGGCCAAUAUUAUAAACAACAGUUACUCUGAAGAUAAGCUGAUGGAAUGCCAUCCAGAAAAGACCAUGGUAGAAAAGUUUCCUCAUGAUAGACUACCUAUGAAUGGAAAUUCUGAGGAUUUUUCAUUUCAGAAGAAAAAAAGUGAAUUAAAGCUGUUAAUUGACACAAAGCUGCUAUACUUAAUGGAUAAUAAUAGACCCUCAAUAGAUCAAGUUUUAGCAACAAGUUCCCAUUGCACCUAUAGUGUAUAUCCUGUUACUGCUGACUAUACCCAAGCAGCAGGACAGCUGCAGUCAACACCUUUGAGAAAAAGAUAUGGCGGUUAUCAGUCAAAACAAAUAGAUCCUGCUGACGUGCAGAUGGUAAUGUGUACCGCUUUCCUUUUUGGUUGGAUUUCCUGUUUGUUGGAGCUGAAGAAGCAACAUGAAAUAUAUAAAGGAAACCACAAACAGAUGUUUAAGACAUUACAACUUCAAUCAGAUAAACAAUCAGUAGAAGAAAAUGCUGAACAACAGAAAAGGAAGACUGAUAGGAAACCAGAAAUUAAAGUGCUUGAAAAAUGCCAACUGGUAAAAAAUGAAGGAAUUGCCGAAGGGGAUCAGAAUUCAUCUGAUGUAUUGAGCCCCCUGCAAGUUUUUAUCACACCUGUUGACCAGCAAAGCUUAACAAAAAGUUCCAAAAGCAUACACACAAUACACAAGAUUAAUCCUACAAUGGACUCUAGAAUUCUAGACAGGCACCAAACGUAUCGAGCCAAAAGCCAUGGAAGUCUAAACCGGCACCAAACACAUCUAGCCAGAAGCCUUGGAAGUCUAAACAGACACCAUCCCAGGAUUACUUCUUCUAAUGAACCUUUAUCAUCCCAAAAGAAAGGGAAAAAAAGCAUGUUGAGGUUUCACUACAAAAGUCAUGCAAUUAAGUCAGCUUUUCAAUUGCAUGCUGGUAAACAUUUGAAAUCCAGGAGACCUGCCAGGAAGAUGAACAGUAUAGAGAAUUUCGUUUUCCGACAAAAUCAUAAAAUCGGUGAAAGUAAUAAAGAAAAAGUGAAUUUCUUGCAUCGAAUACCUGAUAUAAGAUCACAAUUAGAUGUAUUCAUGCUACCAUUCAAUCAUCUUCCAAACAGUCAGUCAGGUGCAGAAGUAAAUGGUACAAAUAGUACUGAACAUGCACUAGGGGCCUCUGCAGAAAGACUUCCCAACAUAGAUAAUAGCACUUUCAAGGAAGACAUGUGUGUAUUUGAGCAGAUCAGCACUGGAACUGUAACAGAAAGUAUGAAGUUUGAAUGGGCUAGAUUUAAGUCAUUCUGGUCCUUUCCAAUGAGCUGUCCAAUUUCUCCAACUUUAUUGGCCAAGUAUGGCUUUUACUAUACAGGAAACGAGGACAAGGUGUGCUGCUUUUCCUGUGGAGUGACUCACGGAAACUGGCAGAAAGGACAGUCUGUCUAUGCUACUCACUAUCAGAUUUCAAGACGAUGCAGCUUUAUGAGAGGAAAAGACGUUGGAAACGUGCCUAUACAAGGUCCCUAUUCCUCCCUGAGCCAAAGAGGUGGAGGUGCAGAAGCGUCACAGACUGCAGAAGAAUCAGAACUAAGAUCACUCCUCGAAACACCAAAUAGCAUUACAUCACUCCUUCUUGGACGUGAACGAGAUCCUGGACACCCAGCAUCCUCAACACUACCUAAUCUUCGCUUUGAAACAAGGAAUGGAUCAGAAGUUGGUAGUGUUCAGAACCAUGCUGAAAGGAGAAAUAGCUUAGGUGUGGAGGGUGUAUCUAAUCCCCUGACAUCAAAUCCAUCAAUCACCAACCCCUCCGUAAAUGAAGCUAUAUCAAGGUCUCCACAAACAGUGUCUACACCUAACCAGGCACCAGCUGGCCAGCAGGCGUCUUCUUCUCCAACACCAGCUGUCUCUCAGUUAGGAUCUGGCUCAGCUAACCAGCAGGCCUCAGCUUCUCCAACACCAGCUGUCUCUCAGUCAGGAUCUGGCUCAGCUAAACAGCAGGCCUCGGCUUCUCCAACACCAGCUUUCUCUCAGUUAGGAUCUGGCUCGGCUAACCAGCAGACCUCAGCUUCUCCUACAACACCAGCUGUGACUCCGUCAGGAUCUGGCUCAGCUAACCAGCAGGCCUCAGCUUCUCCUCCACCACCAGCUGUGAAUCAGUCAGGAUCUGGCUCAGCUAACCAACAGGCUUCAGCUACUCCUCCAACACCAGCUGUGACUCAGUCAGGAUCUGGCUCAGCUAACCAACAGGCUUCAGCUACUCCUCACACCUCGACUCUCAAUCCUACAGCAACUCAGGCUCAGAAUGAUGAUACGGCUAACCAGCAGCGACCAACAAACCAACAACAACCUACUACAUUUGCUCAACGUCACUAUCAACAACAACAGAGACAUGGACAGCAACCAACACCAGGUAGAGGAGGUGGAGCUGCAAACAACCCUGCAAGUCUGGGUGUCAACACAGCCAAGCCUCGUUAUCCUAACUAUGCAGUCCUGACAAUUAGGUCAAGUACCUUCAAUGGCUUCCCUAACCAUUUGGACCAGACCCCCCUACAAAUGGCCCAGGCAGGAUUCUUUUAUGCAGGUUAUGGAGAUUAUGUAAGGUGCUUCUUUUGUGGGGGUGGCCUUAGAAAUUGGGAACCUGGUGAUGACCCCUGGGUAGAGCAUGCCCGCUGGUUUCCACGAUGUGCUUAUGUAAAACAAAACAAAGGUCAAACCUUCAUUAACAUGGUACUUCAAAGGCACAGGGAGCUGAUACUGCCCAACGAAUACAUAAACACAACAGCAACCUCAAGUACAUCAUCGACUGCCACCACCCAGACAGCCAGGAUAGUUGACACUCAGACAAACACAAGAGAUACACCAGUUUCUGGUUCCAGCACCUCAGCAGCAAGUGCCUCAUCUCAACAGACAGGUUCUAGCGUGUCACAACAGCAAACUGAACCACAACCUGCAGUUGCUGAUGAAGAAAUGAAUGCACCAGCUAUACAGUGUAUCAAGGAAAUGGGCUACAGCAACAACAUCAUUAAAACGGCAAUUCAACAACUCCGCCGUGAACAAGGUCGUGUUCAGUUGUCAGCAAAUCAGCUGUUGGAGAUAAUAUUUAGUCUUGGUGAGGAAGAUUUACCUCCACAACGACCUGAUCAGACACAAGCUGGGCCACAUGAUAACCCAGCUCCUCAAACAGUGACAAAGGACACAUUUCCACCAGGAAGUGUGACUCCUUCCUCCGACAUUAGGACAUCUGAAUCUCAGGCAGUGCCUCGACCAUUUGAUCCACGACCACCUCGAAGAAAUCAAGAUGGAGAUUCAUCACGUUCAUACUCUGAAGAAGAACUGAAAUCCAUCCAAGAGGAAAACAACCAGCUGAGAGAACAGAUGAAAUGUAAAAUAUGUAUGGACAACAUUGUCUGUAUAUCUUUCCUGCCAUGUGGACAUCUUUGUUGUUGUGCUGAAUGUGCUCCAGCAAUGGUCAAGUGUCCAAUAUGCCGACAGAUUAUAAGGGGUUCUGUGAAAACCUACUUGUCUUAAAUUAUCAAAUUAGGUCAUCUGACCUGAAGGGUCCGCUGUGUGCUAUCUGCUGUCCGUAAACUUUUGCUGUAAAACACUAGUCCUUCAUAAUGCCAGCAUGAAUUUCAACCAAAUUUGGUCUGAAAAACAUUAGGGUUGGAGAAUUAUUUCUUAAAUUCAGAAGGUUGAUUUCACCACUGGGGACUAGGGGCAGGGGGAAGGGGCCCCAAAUGGGGAAGUAAAACAAUAUUUUGCUUCAUAACGCUACUCUUCCUUUUUGCUUCAAUGGAUUUAAUUCAGAUUUUGUCUGAAACAUCAUUAGGGUUAGGCAGUUAUUUCUGUGAUAAAAAAAAGUUGAUCAAGCCAUAGGGUGGCCGCCAUCUUGAAAACACAUUUUCGACUUCUUCUCAAGUUCCACCAGUGUGAUUGAGCCCAAACUUGCAUGAAAUGAUCAUGACAUGGCACUGACCAAAGUUUGUUAAUUUCGGGUUGGACCGAAAUCCAAGAUGGCCGCCAUGGCCGCCAUUUUGAAAUACAUUGAAAACACAUUUUCAACUUCUUCUCAAGUUCCACCAGUGCGAUUGAGCCCAAACUUGCAUGAAAUGAUCAUGACAUGGCACUGACCAAAGUUUGUUAAUUUCGGAUCAGUCCAAAAUCCAACAUGACCGCCAUUUUGAAAAUACAUUGAAAAUCCUCUUUGUUGAAACAAAUGACCUUGAUCCCUUUUCAAGGUCACAAGGGUAAACUUUGUAUAAAACCUGGAAGAAACAUCCUCUGAAUAACCAGAACACCCAGGGUGAUGAUAUUUGGCCAAUAGCAUGCUUGGAUAAAUGUUUAUGGAGUUUGUUGAAAUGAAUAACCUUAACCCACUUUCAAGGUGGUGGCUGAGUGCCCUUGAUUCUUAAAUCCAGGUGAAAUAAGUUCAAAAUUUGAAAUCUUGUAUUUUAUGUCAGAUGACGGGUAAGACCCAUGGGCCUCUUGUUAUAUUCAGAAAGUUGAUUCAAUCCCAAGGGACCUUGGUUUGGGUCCCCAAAAGAGGAAAUAUUUUGCUUCAAAACAUUACUCUUCCUUCAUGCUUGAACAAAUUUUGUUCAGAGAUUUGUCUUAAACAUGAUUAAGGGUAGGGAUUUAAUUCAUGAAUUCAGAAAGUUGUUUUUACCCAAAGAGACUUAGGUGCUGGGCCCCAAAAGGGGAAGUUAGACAGCAUUUUGCUCUAAAUGCUACUUCUUAAUGCUUGGUUGGACUUUAUUCAAACUUCAUUGGGGUUAGACAGUCAUUUUGUACAUUCAAAAAGUUGAUUUGACCCGCAAGUUAGGUGGGAAAGGGGCCACAAAAGGAAAUAUAAUUUACUUUGCUUCAAAAUGCUAAGCUUCCUUAAUGCUUAAAUGGAUUUCAUUCAAAUUUUGUCUUAAACAUGAUUAGGAAGUUGCAGUGGUAUCAAAUGUAUAUGAAACAAUUCCUAGAUUGUCUUGACCAAAUCUUAAUUUUUGGUUUGGUUAAAAUCCAACAUAGUUCAUUUUUUGGUAAGUCCAUCCGUCUGUUGAUUGUCAGAUGACCGUUAAAGGCCAUAGCUCUCAUGUCUGAAGCUAAAAUGAUUGUAUUUAAGCAGUAUUUUGCUGGCAAUGAGAUUUACAGAGUAAACAGAAGAAACAACAUGAAAUGAUCUAAAACAAGUUUGAAACAUAUGCUCAACAUUUUGGGCUACUCACCCUUAUCAGACAAAUGACCAGUACUGUGUUAUACCUUAUUUAUAUGUCCAAAGAGUUUUAGUGUACUGAUCUUUACUCAGAAGUAUUGUGGUCAUGGAUGUCUUUCUAGCUUGUGAUUUAUUGACUACAAUCUGUUUUUACAGACUGAUUUGAUAACUGAGUUAUUAUUGGUGAACUCGUUUGAUAGAAAGAUAAUGUAGAAGAAAUGAAAUAUAAAGUGAAUAUAGAGGUCAUUUUUAAUUUGACAUUUAGCGAAAUACAGCCAGACUGUUAACUAGUUUCCAAAUAUUUCACACCUCAGAGAGGGACGAAUGGUAUGCCCUGAGCAAGAAUAAUUACCUGUAUAUGGGUAUAUACAGAUCUGUACCACUUAGGUCCACAGUAUAACAAACACAAGACCUAAACAGUUUAUAGUGUCUCUUUACAUACCAGGUAACUAUUGUGAAAAUGAGAGCACUAUAGAACUAAUGUAAAUAAAAUCAUUUCUUAGCGGAGACGACAAGAGAUGUCUUUUUGAUGUUUACUUAUAUCUAUAUGAUGAGUGACUGUACAUUAAAUUUGUCAUAUGUGUCUCUCUGUGAACAUAGCACUCUUAAUAAGGAGUGUAUAUAUCUGUUCAGUCUGUACCUGACAGAUUGACCUUUGUCUGACCUAUACAUAUAUGCCUCAUUUAGACAAUAUACUUAGCUGUACUCUUAUAUAUUUAGAAAAUAAAUCAACCCUUUCCCACACUUAUUCACUUAUAGAACCAUGCAGAUGUGUGAUAGCAAAUUUUGUCCAUUUUUUUCCUAAUAUGCAUACACUAUGUAGCAUUGUACAAUCCCAAAAUUAUCAUUGACAUC